CGCCAUUGUUCCCACAAACCGCAGAAGAAAAUCAAGAUGGUUGAUGGCCGAAGAGGCGAAAACAAAAUAUAAGAUUUUUUCUGGAAAUUUCGAUAUAGGUUGAGCUGCUGCAUGAGGUUUCACCGUUUAAAACGUGUGUUUUGAUAGGAAAGUAGAACAGAUGACCUCCUGAGUAACAUAUGUUGUUUUUUGUUAUUUUGCAGAGUAACUAGCUCGUCUAUUUUUUCGGUGCUGUCCGUUUGAAGGUUCAGUUGCCAGCGGUUCUUAUUUUUUUGGAUUGGAAGGGAAAGCUCACUGAAUUUACCCUCUUUUUUCUUUUUAGUUAAUAUUAAACUUGUGUUCUUGUAACGUGAGAACAUUAAGUAUUUUGUAUGCUCGUCAGGGGCCGGUUGGUAAGCUAGCUUAGCUUGAGUGAGGUUAGUUAGUUUGAACGUCCCUGACUGACCGAGCAGGUGACUUGAAGAGCGAAGGCUCCCGCUGUCAAUGCUAAAAGGACUUUUUUCUUAAGAAAAAGGAAAAAGAAACGCUCCAGUCGACAUGGAGUCCAAGCACGGUAGCAGCAAAAACCAGCCGAGCAGCAGCGGCAGCGACUCCAGCGGAGGGCCCGGGUCGCCCGCCAGCCCCGGAGCUCCCACCGGCGGCAACGCGUUCGCCAACGACGGCAGCUUCAUGGAGCUGUUCAAGAAGAAGAUGGAGGAGGAGCGGAGGAAAAGGGAGCUGCAGGAGGAAGGGAAGAGCGAAAAGAACAGUGCGGACGCAGGACAGUCGUCUCAGGGAAAGAAGACGCUUAGCGUGACCAGCUUUGUGGGCAAGCGGAGAGGCGGCGCCAAGUUGGCCCUCAAGACUGGCGUGGUUGCCAAGAAGCAGAAACUGGACUCGGAGGCUGAGGCAGGUAAAGGAGAUGCCUGGUCAAAGUACAUGGCAGAGGUGAAAAAGUACAAAGCUCACCAGUGCGGAGACGACGACAAAACCAGACCGCUGGUCAAAUAGACUCUACUGAGCAGCAUCCCACAGGAGCAGCCGCCGGACCCUCUCAAGACUGCCAGGCCAUUUGAACAUGCAGCCGAUGAAAAGUCACACGGUGUACUUUGUGAUUUGGUCAAGGGUUAUUGUUUUUUGUUUUUUUCCCCUUCCUUUUUGUUUUUCCUCAAACGUUUUGAUCCUAGGUUUCUAAUUUUAGCGUGUAUGCAGUCUGUGCCAGCUGCAGUUACGUACGGUGAUUCAGAUGCCUUUUAAAAGUGUAAUUUGAGCAUUAUUAUCAACAUUAGUAAGAUCAUUUGUGGUGUUUGUUGUAUUUGCACUGACAUCACACCUUGCUAUUUUGUACUUUUCCCCCCAGUGUCACCUGAAUUAAAAGAUAAAAGUAUUAAAAUGCUGAGUGAUUAUGCCCUUUAA